UCAAAACUUUAGAGUUUAUUUCGAUAUUCAACUCAUAGCGGAAACUAUGAAAACUUCCUUUAUAAUUUUGGCCUGUGCUACGUUGGCGCUGCUGCUGUGUACUGUCCACGCGGACGAAGCAGGAGAAAUGAAGGGCGCUGCUCAGUCGGGCUUUUCUGUGGGCGCUGGAGCCGGAGCUGGAGCUGCUGGCGAGGCCGAGGGUCAGGGCGGUGGUGAAGCUAAGGGUGGUGCAGGUGCUGGAUUCAAUAUGGGAGCCCAAGCUGGCGCUGGAGCCAAUGGCAAUGGCAAUGGGGGUCGCUGAGCGUAAGAAGUAAGAAGUAGACGACGACGGCGUCGAUGUCGGUGGCAUUUCCGUUUAAAAUAUCAUUAGUUAAAGUCACAGACACGGGCCACAGGUGGCAUUGGGCCACGAUUCGGCAGCACUUCAAUGAAAAUAAAACAAAAUAAAAAAAAACAAAAUAAAAGCACGAACAACAAACUACGUUUGGCAGCCUUAAUACCACUUAAUGCCAUUUUAUGAAACGUUACCUCAAAUAAAGUACAAACAAUCGACGCCGCCACUGCGACGGCGCCGCUGAUGCCGACGCCGAUGCCAAUCGCCGUAAUCGAAAUCGAAACCAAAAUAGAAAAUUCACCAGCAAUGUUAAAAAUAUAUCAUCGCAUUUUUCCACAUAAAUCAAGUGAUCAAUAAAAUCCAAACACCGAAAAAAAA